AACGUCACCGAAAGGUGAAAGUAGAAAUUAUUUCAUAAUGUGACAUUAUGCCAAUCAAUUGAUAGCGUAGUUUUAAAUAUUUUGAAUUUAAAAUCAUUAUCAUAAUAUAUUGUUAUUUCUCACAUCAAAAGAAUCAUGGUGGUUCGGCUCCUUAAGUUAUUAGCUGCUUUUACAAUUUCAGUAAGCAUUACUAAUAUUAUUUACAACUUGUCUUGCCCAAAGGUAGACCCAUUGAUGCGAACAAUAAAUGUUUAUAGAAGGCAUCUGAAUUUCGAAGGAGAACAAAGAAGUAACCUUGAAGCGGAAACACUUACAAGGAGCCCUGAGUUAAAUUAUAACAACUCUGUUAAUAUCUGGAAUUUUACACCCAAAAAUCCUAUCAAAAGAGAAGAUUUUUCUAAAGUUUUGAGCAAAACAGGAGGAAUUAUGAAAAUGAAUGAGGAUGCUUUUCCGCCACACUUGAAUCAAUGUUCUGAUGUGCGUCCUCGUUUAGCGCAAAAUAUGACCCGGCUAAAUGGAAGUAAAAAUGCAUCGACUCUCAUCGGCCGACUUAUGGCAACUGUAUGUGUAAACGAAAGCGCUGAGGAGAAACAAAAGCCGAUGUUGCCAUUAUGUAAACUCCCCUCGGAUUUAGGUCCAAUAUCGCUAAAUAAAUCAGACAUGAAACUGGAAAUGGUGGAGAAGAAAUACCCGGAGGUGCACUGGGGCGGGCGGUACUCGCCUCCGAACUGCACCGCGAAACACAAGGUUGCCAUCAUCGUGCCAUAUAGAAAUCGCAAGAAACAUUUAGCUAUAUUUUUAAAUCACAUGCAUCCGUUUCUGAUGAAACAACAAUUAGAGUAUGGGAUAUUUAUCAUCGAGCAAUAUGGUCAUAAACAGUUCAACCGCGCCAAACUGAUGAACGUGGGUUACACGGAGAGUCAAAAGCAGAAACCUGGUCGCUGGCAGUGCUUUGUGUUCCAUGACAUAGACCUGCUCCCACUGGACCUGCGGAACAUAUACUCGUGUCCGCGACAGCCGCGCCACAUGUCCGCGUCUAUUGACGUACUUCAAUUUCAGUUACCCUAUGAAGAAAUAUUUGGAGGAGUGUCAGCCUUGACGAAGGAGCAGUUUUGGGCUGUCAACGGCUUCUCCAACAAGUACUGGGGGUGGGGAGCCGAGGACGAUGAUAUGGCUUAUAGGAUUCAAACAAUGGGGUAUCAUGUUGCUAGGUAUAAAAUGUCUAUCGCUCGGUACGCAAUGCUAGAUCACAAGAAAUCAGCGCCAAAUCCAAAAAGGUAUGAAUUGUUAUCGAAGACGUUGGAGAUGUUCCAGUCAGAUGGCCUGUCGACCUUGGAGUACGAGGUGGUGCAAAUAACCCACAAACACCUGUACACCCAUGUAUUAGUUAAUAUUGACGAGCAUCAAAGAUUUAGACAAUAGAAUAUAACUUAUUUAAAAUAGUAAAAUUACCGAAACUGUGUAAAUUACAUUUGUAUUAGGUGUAGUUUUAUUGGACAUAUUAAAUAAUACGGUUGUGUU